AUGCAGCAGACUUCGGAAAUGCAAGAGGAGCAAAAUGAUGACAUUUUUGGAAGUCUACCGAUAGCUGAGUACAAUGUAAGUUUAUUGUUCAACAAGAGCAAUUACUCAUGGGGUGAUCUAAAUAAUCUUAUUGGUUUGGAUAAAACCGAUUUUGUGGGAGAUGGAUCCGCUGUCCUGAGAAUAAUCAUCUCGGUCAUUUAUUCAGUGGUCUGUGCUCUCGGGUUAAUUGGAAACAUUCUUGUUCUAUACCUCAUGAAGUCAAAGCAAGUAUGGAAGAAGUCAUCCAUCAACCUUUUCGUAACCAGCUUGGCUGUGACAGACUUUCAGUUUGUUUUAACGCUUCCGUUUUGGGCAAUAGAGAAUGCGUUGGAUUUCACUUGGCUUUUUGGUAAGGCAAUGUGUAAGAUAGUUUCUUAUGUCACAGCUAUGAACAUGUACGCCAGUGUAUUCUUUCUCACUGCGAUGAGCGUGGCACGAUAUCAUUCAGUCGCUUCCGCUCUGAAGAGCAGAAGACGUCGCCUUCGCUUCGCCUCAAGGUGGAUGAGUAUUAUCAUUUGGGUAGCUGCAAUUGUAGCCGCUCUUCCGCACGCAGUGUUUUCCACUACUGCCACUGUAUCAAACGAGGAACUGUGUCUGGUGAAAUUCCCAGAUCGGACUGGCGAUGCUCAGUUUUGGUUAGGCUUGUACCACUUACAAAAAGUACUACUAGGAUUCGUCAUUCCACUGGGGAUCAUCACUAUAUGUUAUUUGCUUCUUCUGCGUUUUAUAACCAACAAAAACGUGAACACGUCAAGCGCAAAGAGACGCUCGAAAGUCACAAAGUCUGUGACCAUCGUGGUCUUGUCCUUCUUUCUGUGUUGGUUGCCAAAUCAAGCUUUGACAGCUUGGGGUAUCCUCGUAAAACUGAAUGUGGUACAUUUCAGUUACGAAUAUUAUACCACACAAGCAUAUGUGUUUCCUGUUACUGUCUGUUUAGCACACUCAAACAGCUGCCUAAAUCCCAUACUCUACUGUUUGAUGAGGAGGGAGUUCAGAAAAGCCUUGAAAAAAUUAUUUUGGCAAAUCACAUCGCCGUCCGUAACCAACAUGAAACCGUUCACAGCUUCAACAAAGCCCGAACAGGAUGAGCAAGGUCACGCGUUGGUCCCAGUGAGUCCAGCUGAGCCGGAUCUCAUUUUUUAUCCACCGGGAGUUGUAAUAUAUAACGGGAGAAAUGACCUGCUCCCCAAUAGCACGUAA